AUGGCCACCUUAAGUGCAGUUUUACAGAUAAUUAUAAGAGUAUCAGGAUAUGUGGUGCUGUAGAGGAGUUUUUAAGAUGCCAGCUACUAUGAGGGGUGGGUUGUGAUUCUAGCUGAUAUCAAGAUGGCAUGUGUGUAAAAUGAGAGGCCAGGCAGGGCUGAUUACUAAUCCCAGUCAGGCCCUGUCUGCUGAACUCCUUUAUACACCAUAUGUGUGUAUUACACAUAUGCAGAUUUAACUGUGUAAUUUUACCAUCCCAGUAAAUGAUGAACAGUGUCAUGUAAAUUAAUAUCUGUGACAUAAUGUGAAAGGCAGUGAUUUGGUUAACAUCAAUAAAGUCUGCAGAAAUUACAUACUAUUCCAUGAGGAUUUGAAGGGAUUAAUCGGCAUUAGGCUGUAUUGCUGCUUAGUGUUUGAGGGUAAAGGCAGAAAGAGCAGAUUUAUUCUACUGCGGGUUAGAAGCUGCUAUCCCACUAACGUUUACAUUUCAGCACUUUUAAAACUGAAUCUUCUACAGUUCAUAUACUUUCUGAUGUAUACAAGAGACUAAACUGGCCAAACUGAAGAAAUUCACUAAUUGAUUUUCAUGAAAACUGACCAGUUGUAAUACGAGAAGGAACGAAUUCUCAGCAAUCACAACUGUUUGUUAUACUAACCUUUAAAAAAUGUCAAUUUCCUUGUGGGGAGAGCAUUGGAUCAUGGCAGUCUUAGUUCUUCAGUUAGUUCUUGCCCAGAGCCAUGUGAAUGCUGGCAGCCCAAAGUGCAACACUAUAUAUAAAGGUUUUGCUGAGUGUCUUAUCAGCUUUGGGGACAGUCUAAUUGAAAAUGUUCAGCAAAACCAAGAAGAAAAAAUUCUGGAAAACAUUCAGGAGCUGCAAUCCUUAUGCAAAUCAUGGAAUGAUUUCCAAAAGUGCACAAGCAAUGUUCUGGUCAAUUGUCCAGAGUCGGCUGCUACAGUCUGGGAGUCUCUGCUUCGUGAAUCCAGGAAAGUCCAAUACCAAGGAAAUUUGCAUGGCAUGUGCAAUGCCCAGACACUACUUACAGCCAGGAUGGGAGGUUCUGAUGAAACUAAUAAGGAGACACUGAGAGGCUUAGGAUAUGGCCUACAAGGCAACCUGCUGCUAGUUUUAUUUUUAUUAAUUUUGCUAUGGUAUAUCUUUCAGUGGGUCUAAUAAAUAUUAGAUUAAAUAUUAUAUACAAGUUUUUUCAAACUCACAAUCUUGUUGGCAUCAGAUUAAAGAUAAAUGCAAAGCAAAGCAAUGAAGAGUGAAUAUGCACUGAAUAGCAUGAAGGAAACGGAUAUUAAUUGGAGUCUGUAACCAUUUUGUUUGGGUAUAUUAUUUAUUUGUGGGUUUUAGAUAUUUCAUAUGUUAAUUUCCAUUGCGUCUAUCCCAAGAACAAAAUGAAAAUUCACAUAAGCAGGGCUGCCAUUAAUAAUCAUGCCCCUGAAGUAUCUCCCACACAUACACACAAUUCACCCAA